CAGGUCACUUUCAACAUGGAGAGUGGAGCAGGAAGGCACUGGACUGAAGAGGAGGUUAAAGCCUUGUUAAGCGUCUGGUCAGAAAAAAAUAUCAGAAAGCAACUCCAUGGAACCCUGAGGAAUAAAGGGAUAUUUAUUUACAUUGCUAAAAGGCUGCAGGAGGUGGGGAUCUGCAGAGACUGGAAACAAUGUCGUGCAAAGUAUAAAAACCUGAAAUAUGAAUAUAGGACAGUUAAAUAUGCCCACAACUCAGGAGAUGCUACAAAGACCAUGAAGUUUUUCCAUGAACUGGAUGCCAUAUUGCAACAUGAACCUGUCACACAAUUAAAAGAGGAAGAAAACAGCAGGUGCUCAGCAAAUGAGAUCAUAAAUGCCACCAGAGAGAACAAUGAAGGUGAAGCCUUACUUAAAGAUGAGGAAGAUACGUCUGCAAAUCCAUUACUUUUUAUUUCUCAUUGCAGGCCCAUUCAGCUAGGUAAUACAUAUCUAUGUCUCUCUCCUAUCCUACCUGAUGCAGGUAACCCAACAGCAAUACUAGACACUUCAAAAACCCCACCCUUUAUUCCAUCUGUAGCAAAUGAAGGUGGAAAACACUGGACUGUCAAUGAAGUGAGAGCUCUAAUACGUGUGUGGUCAGACAAAAGCAUCCAGCAACAACUGGAAGGAACAGUGAGAAACAAAAGAAUAUUUGAACAUGUUGCUGCCAGACUUCAGAAGUUUGGAAUUGACAGAGACUGGAAACAGUGCAGGACAAAAUAUAAAAAUCUAAAACAUGAAUAUAAGAGUGUAAAAAAUGCUCAAUAUUCAGGCAACACAAGCAAAACUAUGAAGUUUUUUAGGGAACUGGAUGCAAUACUGGGACAUGGCAGCGCAGAUAAAACAAACAGAUCAGAGAACAACAACAGGAAGAAGCCAGCAGAUUGGACAGAAGUGAAAAUAGAAAGAAAUUACAGAGAUAUGUACAGAGAUACUGGAGAGGAGGAUUCAGUCAGCAGUGUGUCAGGAGAUCUGGGGCUCACAGACACACAGAAAGUGGCAGAUACAGUGCUCCACGAGACAUUAGAUGAAGAUAAGUAUGUAAAUGGUCAUUUGGAACAGCCAGUUAUUGUCCACAUGAAGGAAGAUAUAAAAGAAGAAGUUAUUGAUUUAGAAAUCCCAGAUGAUGAAGAGGAUUCCACAAAUGCAGAUGGCAUGGAGUUCGCACACAUAAAGAAAGAGUCAAUUGACAUAGAUGAGGAUUCUAUCAGCACAGCCUCAGAGGAUGCAUCUGGUUUUUCAAUAUGUAAAAAGAUAACAGAGGCAGAAAAUCAAAUGUCCUUGGAUGAAGCACAGAGCCACUUUAGGGUUAUCACAGUAAACGAUGCAGGAGUAGGAAAACACUGGUGCGACAAUGAAGUCAGAGCUUUGAUAAAUAUAUGGUCGGAUGAGGAAAUCCAGCAAACACUUGAAGGGGCAACAAGAAAUAAAGAAAUAUUUGAGGAGAUUGCCAGAAGGUUAAUGAAAGUUGGAAUAGACAGAGACUGGAAGCAGUGUCGGACAAAAUACAAGAACUUAAAAUAUGAAUACCGAGCACUGCAGAAAGACAACAGUCAGCUUGGAAAUGCCAGAAGAAAGAUGAGAUUUUAUGAUGAAAUCAACUGCAUUUUGAGAAGCCAGCCUUUAGAUACAGUUACAGAUGCAGGAUCCUUGAAUGUCAAGAGAAAAGCAUCCGAAGUUGAGCCUUCCCCUGUUCUGUUCAAGAAGAGUGCUUCUGAUAAUGUAGCAACUCAGACAGAAAGUGUAUCUGAGAGCAUGCAUUCUGUCAUCCACAGCCAAAGGACAUUGCUAGAGAGAUUUUACAAACAUGAAGAAAUACAAGAUAUCAAUGCAAUACAUCUACGCAGUGUCCUCCCCGGAGUACAACAGCCUAACUCAAAGAAACUGGCUUCCAAAGUCAGCGCGUGCAAGGCGGUAGCCUUUAAGGGGGAUGGGUCCUUCCCGUGCGCAGCGAAAACCUCCAGCCCGGAAUCAGGCCCUCCACUCCGGCCCCCCCUCUUACCUGUGCUGCAAGCCCACCAGCCCCAGCGUGAUCACAUGGGGCACAUCCAGCUCCGAGGGCCACAAGCCGGCGGCGAUGCAGCCGAACACGCCGCACUCCUCCCGGAUGCCCAGCUCCUCCAGCUCCAUGCUGCCCGCGCCAAGCACGUGUUGUUGCUACUUCUCGCCGCUGCCUGUGUCUGCGGGGCACCAAAGGAGGCGGAGGUGCCUCAGGUCGUCCUCCCCGCCGCGAUGCCGCCUAUCCCUGCAGAGCUAAAACUUGGCAAAAAAAUAAAUGAGGGCAAAACAAAAGAGGUUUAUGAAUUGCCAAGUCUCCCAGGAUGUGUUCUGAUGCAAUCAAAAGACCAGAUAACAGCUGGGAAUGCAGCUAGAAAAGAUAUCAUGGAAGGGAAGGCCACUAUCUCGAAUGCAACAACAAGCUGUGUGUUCCAGUUGCUUCAAGAAUCUGGGAUUAAAACAGCUUUUGUGAGAAAGCAUAGCAAUACAGCAUUCAUAGCUGCUCACUGUGAAAUGAUUCCAAUUGAAUGGGUUUGCAGAAGAAUUGCAACAGGUUCUUUCCUGAAGAGAAAUCCUGGUGUUAAGGAAGGCUACCGAUUUUACCCACCUAAAAUUGAGAUGUUUUAUAAGGAUGAUGCAGCAAAUGACCCACAGUGGUCUGAGGAGCAACUCAUUGAAGCGAAGUUCCGGUUUGCUGGCCUUGCGAUUGGACAAACUGAAGUUGACAUUAUGGCCCACUCAACUCAAGCUAUUUUUGAAAUACUAGAAAAAGCAUGGCAGCCGCUGAAUUGUACUCUGGUGGACUUGAAGGUUGAGUUUGGUGUUGAUGUAACUACAAAAGAAAUUGUCCUUGCUGAUGUCAUUGAUAAUGAUUCUUGGAGAUUAUGGCCAUCUGGAGACAGAAAACAGCAGAAAGACAAGCAGUCUUACCGUGAUCUCAAAGAAGUGACUCCAGAAGCAUUGCAGAUGGUGAAGAAAAACUUUGAAUGGGUGGCAGAAAGAGUUGAGCUGUUGCUGAAACCACAAACCCAAGGCAGAGUGGUUGUGCUCAUGGGAUCACCAUCUGAUGUUGAUCACUGUGAAAAAAUUAAAAAGGCAUGUGGAAACUACAGCAUUCCUUGUGAAUUACGAGUGACUUCUGCCCAUAAAGGACCAGAUGAGACCCUGAGAAUCAAGGCUGAAUAUGAAGGCGAUGGUGUUCCUACGAUAUUUGUAGCAGUGGCUGGUAGAAGUAAUGGAUUGGGCCCUGUGAUGUCUGGCAACACUGCAUAUCCAGUUGUCAACUGUCCUCCACUCUCGGCAGAGUGGGGUGCUCAGGAUGUGUGGUCAUCUCUAAGGCUCCCCAGUGGUCUUGGCUGUUCUACAGUUCUUUCACCUGAAGGUGCUGCACAGUUUGCUGCACAGAUUUUGGGGCUGAAUAACCACUUUGUCUGGGCCAAGCUGCGAGCAAACAUGUUGAAUGUGUGGAUCUCUCUAAAGCAGGCUGACAAGAAGAUGAGAGAAUGUACCUCCUAGAUAGCUUCUGUUAAUACAAUAUCUGUAUUGGCCAGCUGGUGCUUGUAUGCCAUUGUAUUCAAAGAAACAGUUCACUUAGAAGUUCUUCAUAUACUUAUCAGAGAAAUCUGCAUUCCACCAAUGACCAAUUUGGGGCUUUUUAUAAUUACAGUGACACCUACCACUUUGCUUUUGUUAUUUAGAAUAAUUUUUACUGAUCAGUCUUGAUCAGGCUUACUAUGUAGAACUGGUUAUUUGUAUCAACUGUUCUAAUUUACUGUUAAUUCUGAGGCUUUUAUAUAAAGGCUAGCAAUACGACAUAGCAAUAGAUAGGCAACUCUAGUUUAAGAGCUUGUUCUAAAAUACAGUCUGUUAGCAACAUAUGGUCUGAUGUUUUAUGUGAGGGUGAGGUUAAAAAUCUUAACAGUAUUCAUAAACAGCCUAUUUAGAUGCUGACAGGAAUGCUUAUUUGUGGGUCUUGUCUCUGUAUUGUAACAGCCAAAGAUUUGAAGCAAUAUCUCAGGCUUUUAGACCUGCUUCAAGAAUUAGAAUUAUAUGUAUUUUUUUUGGUGGGGGGGGGGGGUGGACAAGUUUAAAUUGCUACAAUAAAAGCACCUUUCAUCACUGA